CGCCAAGCAGCGAGACAUCCCAGCACAUCGCAGAUGCAAUGCCUCCCAAAGCGAUUGCUCUCCAGAAGAACAAGAUCUCGAGCUACUUCUCUUUCUCUACACCGUCGCAGCCCAGCCAGAAUGCAGCUUUCGCUUCAAGCCCCGCUGCCCCGUCCACCAUCCAGGAAACACCCACAAACGACCCGACGACUACCUUGAACGACGGUGGCUUAGAAGAAGCCGCGCCCUCCUCGCCCUCUUCUCCGCUAGCAUCGCGCUCCCCGUCGCCAACGGACCCACGCGGUAUCGCAAGCUACGAGGACACCGCAGAGCGCGGCUUACCCAGCCUACCGCAAUCGUCCGGCAACUCGACUAAUGCUAGCAAGAGAACCUUCUCUAGAGGGAAUCCAGUGGUCCUAAAUUCCGACUCAGAUACUGACUCCUUGACUGAUCUAGAGGACCUGUUGGACUACAGGCCCGCUAGAUCGAAGGCGGUCACAAGAGCAGCCGCAGUCUGGACAAGAGGAGACCCAGAAGCUCUUGCAUUGCCCCAGCCACCCAAAAGAAAGAAAGACGACCAUGCUUUCAAACGCUUGGUGCAAGCGGCUAAGAAAAAUGCUCAGAGGGAGCAGGAGAUCGCACAAGCGCAGGCCGAGCUGGACAAACCUUUGCGCCAGGAAUCGCCUCAGCGUGGUCUCAAACUCAGCGAGAACACGGUAGCGGAUGUAGUGCAUGAUGAAGACGACCCCGACAAGGCAAAGAAGCUGUACCUGGCUAUGCAGAGAACCAAUGCUUUCCAAGUAGACUGUGUCUUCCACUUCUUCAAUCAGAGACCAGAUGAUUUUGAGAAGCCUUUUCCAAUCGAUAGCAUAAACCCGGGAAUGAUUGACAUGUUUCGAGACGAAACUUCCAGGGAUCAGGCUUUCACAUCUGGCUUUGCAAGACUCCUAUUCAGUCGAGAACUGCCAGAAGAGCUCGCAGAUUGGAUGAUCGAUGAAGUAUGCUUCGGCGCAAGCGAAGCCCUCGGUGAAAAGUAUCUCCAAAUUCUCAGUGCGAGUCAAUUGCAGUUGCGAAAACUACUCGACGUAGCGAGACUGGAGGAGAUCUUCAACAACAUUGGUGCAGACAGGCAGUAUACCACAUCAGACUCGGAGGUGGCUCCUUCUUAUGGAUCGGAUCCAGGAGAACGCCGCACUUUUCCUCCGGCGUUGACCAACGUUUGCAAGCUUCUACAGCUUCCAGGUUCACUGUUUCAUGUCGAUUCAAGAAGACGAGCUCUCAAGAUUCUCUUCAUUCUCUGCAUGGACAACGGGGUGCAGAUGGACAACGCUGUGCUACGCACUGUCCAAGAUACUAUAGAGUCCCUCAUAUGCCCCAUACCCAACACGGGCGAAAUCGCCUCCAUACUGGAGGAUAUCAUAUCCCACUUACUUGUUCGCGUCAGACAUCCCAUCCUCCAGCGCAACCUCGUCACUGCGCUGCCGACUCGCUAUCCUCUUACGGCUUCCUUUCAACGCCAUCUCGCCCUCUCAUUCUUGCUUCACCCAGCGAAGAUCACUCACCCUCUCACCAGCCCUGAGACUCUCAAGUCGAUACAUGAUUACCUCCAAACAUCGACCACCUUCCGCGUACAGAAAAACAUCGAUUACAACGUUCUGGCCGCGCACUUCAUGCUCCUCGAUAUCGCUAUUGGCCCAGGCCCACUGACUGUUCCCUUCCAACUAAUCACCAGCCCGUCUCAAUCGCAAGAAUCGCAAGAGCCCAUCGAACCGCCAAAUCCGACGUCGGACGAAGUCAAUGCCUUCAACCGAGAGGUCGAUGCGCUUGCACAGCAGAUCAGACUGAUAGGGAACAGCAUUAAUGUGGCGGGUGCGAUCACGGAUUUAUCGAGACUGACAGCGAGUGAUGCCUGUGACAGGCUGCAUAUAAGACUAGGCCAUGUUGUUCGGAUAGGUGGGCGGAAGUCGAGGCAUGUCUUUGGUGGGGAGGAAGAGAGUGAAGGUGACAAGGCGACCUUCGCGAAGUUCUUUGCGAGGAAGAAGCUGCAACUACCGAGGACAAGUGAAAUGUGAGCUGGAAAUGGCGUUAAGACCGAGGUCGCUGACGUACAUGACGCUGGCGUAAGAGUAGCUGCUGAGGAGAGUAUGGAUGCGGCUAUGGACAGCGCUUUGAAGCCUGAGCGAAAUGGAGACUCUUUGGAGGUCUCAGUCUCCGGUGUGGCCGUACCCGGCGUAGAGACCGUCAAGAGUGAGCAACGUAUGUAGAUGCAGAUCCAUUUGGGCUCAUAUCCCACAGACGUAAAAGUCUUCCUGGCCAUCCAGACCAAAUCGAGUAGUCACUAUAGUAUAUUCUUGAUUGAAUUACUUUCUCCCGCGCUAAUGUCUCAACUAGCUAAAUUUCUACGCCUUCAGCACCGGAAGAAUUAUGGAAAACCUCAAGUACAACUAUAGCUAUUAGGUGUGGAAGGG